ACAAAAGUUCAUUUUAAGAACUGGGUGUAAUACCUGGUAACACUUUGUAAUUGAUACCACAGCCUGUAGUUUAUCUAGUCUGACCCAAUCUAAUAAGUAAUUGACGCUCCGUGAGCCUUGAAAGCACCGCGCCUGCAGUUCAAUGACACCUCUACUCGACUGGUCAAAUCGAUUUUACCGACCGUAGUCUUUUCGGUUCUAGCUGUGAUCAGAUGAAGCAAAAUCUUUACCCGUAAGUGAUUCAACAAGCCGAAGAAUACGCAGAUUUGACGCGGAUAAAGCGAGUAUGAAGCUCAUUUGCCAUGUCUAAGACAGCGGUGAAGAAGCAGCACUGGCGCUCCAAGGUGCAGGACAGCUUUGUCCCCUUGCUGGGCUCAUCAGGGGAGCUGGGAAUUGCCAUAGGUGGAGGAGCAGAUUAUGGAGAGUUUCCUUUUGUCACCUCAGCUCCGGGGGGUGGACUCAUAGUGGGUGAUAUCAUCCUGGAGAUUGGGGGAACACCUGUGCUAGGGAUGACGUUAGGAGAUGUCCGUGGCGUCCUCAACUCCUGCCCCCAUCCUGUUCGCAUCAAAACUGUGUCUCCAGGCUCCACAUUGUGUAAGGAUCUCAGGUUGUAUCUGAGUAAGUGCUUCACACCCGGCUCAGUGGACAGUCAACUUCAGCAAGUCAUCCGAGAGAACCUCUACCUCCGUGCUGUACCUUGUACAACCAGACAGCCCAGAGACGGGGAAAUCUCAGGGGUCGACUACAACUUUGUCUCUGUUGAGGAGUUUUUCUCUUUGGAAGAGUCUGGAGCGCUGCUUGAGAGUGGCAAGUUUAAAGGAAAUUACUACGGCACACCACGGCCUGUUCACAUCAGUGCAGAGAGCCCCCCCAUCACGUACCAGGAACACCGCAACCUGCUCAGAAACUUCCGCACACGCAGCAAAUCACUCAGCAACCUGGAGAAGACUGCAGAGGACACUGAGAACAGUGAGGAAGACUCCGGCCUGUCAGGAGGGUCUGCAGGUGUUAGCGGCAGUGUUCCUUUUGGCCGCAGAUCUCCGGGUCGACCCCGGGCGUCCAGUGGAGGGGAUGGUCGUGUCAUACAGAACGGUGUCAUCGGCGGCAGAAGAGGUGCAAGAGGUGUGAUGCCUGAUCACUGGGAGCAGGCCUUCAGUGACCCAGGAGAGUCCAACUACAUUGAUCGCAGCCCGAAGAGGAGCAGCUGGCAGAGUCCUCGUGCUUCAAGCAGGGAGACUGUCUACAAAAAUGAAUGGUUCACUGACCAGCCUGCAGAGCUCAGAGGUUUCCCGGUUCACACACACUUGAUAAAAGGCAGCAGAGGGUUUGGCUUCAAUAUCGUGGGGGGCAGCAGGCCGAGAGAGUUCCUCCAGGUGUACAGUGUGACUUCAGGUGGCCCCUCAGCGCUCAAGACAGCGGACAUCCUGGUAUACAUCAAUGAUGUUUGUGUGUUGGGCGUGUCCCACAAAGAAGUGGUGGAGAUGCUUAAGUCAGUGCCUGUGGGUCACAGUGUGGACGUAGAGAUUAGAAGAGGGUAUCCUAUGCUCUACAACCCCGAUGGCUGUCCCAAACAACCGCCACCGAGACUGAUGGACAACGGGGAGCCAAUCAUACCACCCACCACUGUCCAGCCUCAGCCGCUUCACCAACUACCUCGCCUCCCGACACCCACUCCCCAGUCCCAGCACUUUACCUUUAACGGUGCCCGCAGUGAAGGCAGUUACAUGGAACCAGGAGUGACACUAGAUGCUAAUGGAAACACAGCGUAUUUUGCCACCAGACCGCCUUCAUACAGACGCUCCAGUUUGAGCAAUGCGGCCUCUUCCUCGCCUGCACGACCCCCUCGCUCUCUGAGAAGCUUAGCCAGACUGCAGUCGUUCGACCCGACACUGGCCAGUCAGAGUGACAGUGAAGUUGUUUCUGCCAUUGGUUCACACAGGGCAUCAAUGAUUCGUAAUCACAACAAUAACUCCCUCUCAGCUCCGCCUCAUCCUCUACGGUACGGCACAUCCAAGUCAUCUGAGAGUGACCUGUCCACCUGCACGCUGCCCGGGUCCCGCCUGCCGCUGCCUCAGUCACCGAGGAGACCAUCAUCAUCCCCUGGAGGCCCUCGAAGUGCUCACUAUCACCUCUUCAGACCGCACACCUCCCACCUUCGACCUCCUCCUACCCCCGACAGCCCCCACCACCGCAGCUUCAACGGUUUCCAUGGAAACACCAGCCCCAAUGCAAGUCCCAGCAGCGUGUCCUCUGCCGGGGCUAUGAGUGUGGGCAGCGGACUUGGAGGUUACAGUGGUGGGGAGUUGGUGCCUGUGGCCUUGGCUCAGUGUGAAGGAGACAGAGGCCUGGGCUUCAGUGUGACGGCUGGUGGUCCAGGAGGCAGGAUGACUGUAGUGAAGAGAGUGUGGGACAGGAAGCAGUGCAACUCCCUACAGCCAGGGGAUGCUAUUGUGAAAAUCAAUGGAGCUGAUGUGCAGAGUCUCAGCUUUGCACAGGUACAAACAAUCCUCCAGGAACACACCAAACAGGGAGAAGUUAUCUUACUGGUUUACAGAGGAGGCAUCUAUCACUCAUCCUUCUCCCCCGGCUCUACUCGGAGGCUCCCUCCACCUCUCCUCCGUCCUCCUCCUCCACCUGUUGGCUCAGACACCCCCUCCAUGCUCCCAGAAGCACUGCCUGUGCCCCGGACUUCCUUCAGCACCCCUCCCUCCCCUGCUCCGUCACGCUCUUCUCUGAUCCAGAGCACCAGUUUCUUGGAGUCCAUUCCCGUGACCCUGACCAUGGAGCCCAAAGACUGGAUGAACACAGGCCUGGAGGAUGACGCAGCUGGUGUCACAUUGCCUGAUUCAGGUCUGGAUAGGCAGACCGGUGAAAGAACUCGGCCGUUUCGAGGGUUUGAUGUGGAACUGAAGAGAAAACCAGGAGAGGGCUUUGGAUUUGUCAUUGCAUCUCAGGAUGUGGAGAAUGGCAAAGCUGCUUCCCUUCUCCCUCACCGGUUUGUGACUGUCCGUCGAGGCAGCCCAGCAGCCAAGAGUGGUCAGAUUCGUGCCGGAGAUCGAUUGGAGGCAGUAGAAGGGCGCUCAGUGGUGACUCUGCCUCAUCGAGAACUCGCUCAGAUCCUACGCCGAGCAGGAAACACUCUCCGCCUCACGAUCGUACCCCGACCAAGCACAUACUCUUCAAGCCUUUCAGAGACUGCUGAAUUUGACUCCAGUCACAGAAGCAGGAAGGGUCAGAGGUCACGUCCGAAGCGUGAUUCCAGGUAUUACAGUGUGGACCUGGAUCGUGGGCCAUCAGGUUUUGGCUUCAGUUUGCGAGGGGGCAGUGAGUACAACAUGGGUCUGUACGUCCUGGGACUGAUGGAGGGGGGACCUGCCUCACGGAGCCAAAAAAUGCAGGUGAGUGAUCAGCUCGUGGAGAUUAAUGGUGACAGUACAGCAGGAAUGACCCACAGUCAGGCCGUCGAACAGAUCCGUAGAGGAGGACACCACAUCCACCUGGUCCUGAAGAGAGGGAACGGCUACGUGCCUGACUAUGGCCGUGAGCACAGAAUCAUCUCCCCCUCCCUCCUGCGUCACCCCAAGGAGCAGGGUUUGGCUGCAGUAGACUCCACCGGGCGGAGGGGGCGCAGCUCCGAACACAAGAGGAGAAGCAGGUCUUCGCAUGAACGAGAAAAGGGGCAAGGAAAGGAGAGGAGAAGGAGGAGAGGGGGCUCAGAAGGAGCACGACGCUCAGGUUUACAAAGCCCCGUCUCUGAGCCGGUGGAAGAGAGGGGAAGGCGGGGGGACAGGCGGAGGAGGCGGAAAAGAGAAUCUCGGAGUUUACCCAGAGAUGCCCUCAGGAAUUAUGACGAUAGUGACUCAGAGAGAGGGACAGAGAGAGUGAGGAAAAGGGAAAGAGGGAGGAGCAGAAGCAGACAGAGGAGAAGCAGGAGUGAGGAGAGGGUGAGGAGGGCAGAGAUUGAAGAGGAAGAGGAAAAGGAAGAGCCUGAACAGGAGGAAGGGCCUGAGCAGAGCGAAGAACAGGUGGCUGAAGUGGCUGAGGAGGACAUGGCAGAAAGGGUGGAGGUGCAGGAAGUAGAACAGGUAGAGGAGACAGAUGUUUUAGAGACAGAAGAGGCUGAAGAAGAUGCUGUCUUACCCAUUCCAAGUCCUGACCAAAGGCUGCCCAGACCCAAACAAGAGUGGAAGGGGCAGGAGGAGGAUGAAAACUGGGACAUGGCAGCAGAGUACAAAGAGCUGAAGAAAGUCAUGAGACCAGACAGUGAGGGUGCCAACGAGCAGGAGAAGUCAUUGGAGGAUGAUAGAGGUGAGAAUGGAGAAACAGAGUUAGAUUGGGAUCAGAAGGCAGAUGAGACGCACAGUGAGCUUGUGAGGAGGCCUUUACCAGGUGUUGCUGUAACAGAUCUAGUGUCACAGAGAAAACCCUUCAACUUCCUCACCUCCACACUGUCCAUAGAGCAGCUGGGGGUCGAUGAGUCAGAGUCUGAAGGCAGCCAAUCUGACGGCAGCGUGUCUGCUGCCAGUAUCUCAGGCCUUUCUCUGGCUGCCACAGCAGCAGCAGGCAGGCCAACAGCGGCGGUGCUGCCAGGACCUUGGCUCACACCCAGCCGGCAGAGGGUGGCUCAGGUGGUAGGGGAGAACAGGCACCCUGGGCUGCAGACAGGACGGAGAGGAGGAGGAAGUACCGUAUCUUGAUUUAACCAGGAAGUAGUGGAUUUACCGGCUGAUUGUUACUCAGUUAUCAGUCAUUUUGAGGGCCAGUUUCACACUGUUACAGCUCAACUUUUUUUCUGCAGCUACCCACACUUUGGACACUCACUUUUUUCCUCAGUCACUCUGAUAUCUACUGUAGUAUAAAGUCAUAUUUGUGCCUUUUUACAGCUGACCUCUGGCUGAUGUUAAAUGUCAAUAUUUCAAGUGAUGACAUCCACAAGCAGUAGGAAAGUAAAGCUUCAGUAGGCAGUUUUUAGGUGUUAUUGGGUGGGGAUUCCAUGACGACAUUUGAGGAUAUUUUAAUUCAAGUGUCUGAACUGGAAGUAGAUUCUGCACCUCCUCUUAGUUCUGUUUUAGUCUUUAGAAAUCUCCCCCAUGAUAGAGGUUUUUGGCCAAUCUAUUUAGAAAGUAGAGUUGAUCGGCAGCUGUAACGAUGAGAAGUAACGUGGCAGCUCCCCUACCUGCCAUAUUUUGGCUUCACUUAUUUUCACAUGAAACAGCAUUACACUGUCUUUACUUUUAUUCUGAAGAUAGAAAAUAAAUCUGCCAGUUUUUUUGUGAUUCCUGCCUACUGUAGCUUUCAGUCAGUUAUUCAGAAGGACACUGUUCUUUUUUGAGGCCCUGUUGCCCUCUUUAUGUUGCACUCCUCUCUAUAGUUUAUAGCAUCUAUCCACAGCUGCCGUGACAGAUGUUUCCAGAACAAGGUUUUUAUGACACCUUGGUUUAACCUACUUCCUACCCCCUAGUCAUCUACUACUCUAUCAUCCCUGAAGUACCCCCUACUGUACAAAGACUGCAUAGACAUUCACUUAUACCUCAUGGAGUUACUGAGCAAUAAUGAUGCAACUGUCCAAGACUAUCAGCCAUCCAUAUCCACUGUACCACCUUGACCUGGUUUGAGAGUAAACAGCGUAAAAUGUUUGUAAAAUUGUCUCUUUGUGUUGUUAUACAUGUGGAUACUUGCCUUGACUUGUAAUGUUGUUCCAUAUAUCUGAAUAUCUGAUUGUGAUAAAGUUUAUUGCAGAUCCCUUUUGACAGCAGGUGUGAAAUCUAUAUUCUGUAAAUAUAUGUAGAGAAAUAAAUGACAGAACUUAUUGUAAAUACUAUAGAAACUGGAGCCAAGCCCUUAUUUGUAUUACUGUAAUGUAAUACAUUAUGAUUACAAGUAUAUAUACAUAUGCACUAUAUCUCUAUAUAACAUAAAACAGCUACCCAUCUAUAUUAUUUAAUACUGUGUCAUGAAAAACAACUAAAAUUGGUAUAUAGCUUUUGUGAAGGUUGAAGACUCACUAUAUUGUACCUGGCCUAUUCAUACAUGAAUGUUUUGUAAUAUGCUGCUUGAGUGUGGAUUAGGAUGCUCUGUGUCGUACCCUUCUUCAAAAGUCAGCAAAAGAUGCCAAAAGUGUGCAUCUAGAGUGCAUAUUUUUUAAGUACUGUUAUUUAUUGUGUAUCUGGGGUCAGAAAAAAUCCACUAUCUUGAUUCUAGAGAGUGCUGUGCCCAUUGCGCCACGUACAGUUGCCUUGGUAACAUAAACCAUUUUAUCUUAACCACUGUUUUUUCUUACUGUGAAAACCCUUACUCUGAGGUUCGUCGUAUGAGAAGCAGGCGGGCCGUUUAGUAAUUUCAGUCAUGCCAAAACAGGCCCUUACUGUAAAUCCAUAAAAAUAAUAAUAAGCCUCUGCAAAGUCUGAGCUCAGUGCUGCAUCUGAGAUGGCAAAAAUAGCACAUCAUUUUUAUUUUGCUCUCUUUUUAACAAUUCUGUUAUGGAAAAAAAACAAGCUGAAAGGAUACUGUGAGAUGUUAUUUUUCUAUGAAAUUAUCUUUUUUGAAAUACUCAGGUUUUCAGAUACUUUGCUGUAGAGAUAAGCCAUUAGGAAGAAAAGCUACAGAGUGACUUCACAACACCUUUCAUAAUGCAGAGUGUAUUCAUAUAAUGUUGAGGUAAUGUUAUGUUGAUUCUUUAUGACACCAUCAGGAGACGCAGACUGUUAUAGCUCUUAUAAGUUAUCAUCCCAUUAUUAUCUAAAGGUUGACACUCUAAGUGAAGUCAGUCCUUUGUUCGUACCCAUGUUGAAGAACUGAAAUUAAAUGUGCCCUGCCUAUUUGCAUCGCUGUGCUGCCCAGAAUGGCACAUGGUAGUACAGUGACCAAUCCAUAUUCCCCAACCAAUGACUAUACAGUGUAGCUUGGUAGCCUAUAUGUAAGACUUAUUUUAUAAUGUUUGCUAAUGUUCUUUUUUUAGACUUUCAUUUGGGAGAAUAUAUGGCGGAACUGUAAACAAAUUCUAAUAAAACUGCAAAUAAAGUGCUGAAACAAUUUC